ACUCGGAGACGGGCUGGCGCGCAGGCGCGUGGAACCCGCGUGAGAGCGCUAGCUCCGCGUGGACACCGGAGGUAGUUCCAGCGCCGCUGCUAGAUGCCUCUGCAAGCCACACGCGUAGACGUGCUGGCGCGCAGGCGCGGACGAACCCGCGCUGUUUCGAUUGUCAUUCAGUGGGCGAGCGCGCGUGGCCGCUGUGAGAGUUGUAGUAGAGUUGGCUCGUGGCAUCUGUCCGUGUGUGAGUGAUGCUGUGCUGGACCGCGGCGGGAUCCAUCGUCGCCCGGAGAGCGUGAGAGCGUCUUGUUGAGUGUCCACAAACAGGCGCCAUCAUGGGCCGUAGCGGCUACACCUGCGUGCGGCACGUCUUCUGCUCGCUCAACGUGCUGAUGUGGCUGGCGGGCUGCGGAGUCCUGGGCCUCGGCGUGUGGCUGCGCCUCGCCUACUCGGGGUACGCCGCGCUGCUGCCCCAGUACCGCCUGCUGAGCGCCGACAGCCUCUGCCUCGCCUCCGGGGUCGUCAUGUUCGUGGUGGCCUUCUUCGGCUGCUGCGGCGCCUGGUUCCAGAGCCGCUGCAUGCUCAUCACCUACUUCAGCCUGGUGAUCUUCAUGUUCGUGGCGGAGUUCCUGCUCGCCACGCUAGCCUUCGUGUUCCGCGAGAACCUGGGCCAUCUGCUGCGCCAGGAGCUGCGAGCCGGCAUCGAGCUGCACUACGACCCGGGGCGCGACCCCGCCUUCGCCGCCGUCUGGACGCACAUCCACGACGAGUUCCACUGCUGUGGAGUAACGGGCUACGAAGACUGGUACGACAUUAAAGCAUGGCCCGGGGAGAAGAUAGUGCCGGACUCCUGCUGCCUGCCCAAGAUAGCCAACCACACAGACUGCGGGCGCAGCAGGGACCCCGACAUGUGGUUCGCCAAGGGCUGCGCCGAGCAGGUGCAGAUGUGGUUCGUGGAGCGCCUGCACAUCGUGGGCGUCGUGGGGCUGGUCGUCGCCUUCAUACAGCUGUUCGGCCUCAUCUCGUCUAUGCUGCUCUUCUGCACGGUGCGGCACAAGAGGACCAGCCACACCUACAAGUCGUACGACCCCACCACGUGACGGAGCGACCUGCCGGCUGCCCGCCUGUACAUACCUAACCUGUAUCUCACUCUGUCGCUAAUAAACCACACGUCUCUA